CUAACAAAAACUCCUUUAUGUAUUCCCAAGUGAGAGGUCGCUGCCCCCUGAAGCAGGUCGUCUAUCCGAAAGAGGACACCACGCUGAUCUUCGAAGCACGAUUUGAGAGUGGGAAUUUACAGAAGGUGGUCAAAGUCAGUGACUUUGAGUAUCAGCUGACCCUGCGUGCCGACCUCUCCACGAGCAGACACACGCAGUGGUACUACUUCCAGGUGAGCAACACGCAGGCAGGGACGCCGUAUCGCUUCACUGUCGCCAACUUCACCCAGCGGAACAGCCUGUAUGAGUGUGGCCUGAGGCCACUGCUGUACUCCGAAGCCGAUGCUAAGGAAUACCAGGUUGGCUGGCGGAGGACUGGAAAUGAAAUCAGGUAUUACAAGAACAACGCAGGUCAAGGUGGGCGUCAGUAUUUCUCACUCACUCGGACAUUCCAGUUCCCUCAUGACCAAGACACCUGCUACUUUGCCCACUGCUAUCCUUACACAUACUCUAACCUGCAGGAGUACCUGGUGGCCGUCUCUAAAGAUCCAGUGAAGUCCAGAUUCUGCAAGAUUCACACCUUGUGCCAUUCACUGGCAGGAAACGUAGUGUAUGUUCUAACUAUCACCAACCCCCCCAAAAGUGGCAAAUGCACCAAGAGGAAGGCUGUAAUCCUGACUGCGAGGGUGCACCCAGGAGAAACUAACAGUUCCUGGAUAAUGAAGGGCUUUCUGGAUUACAUUCUUGGCGAUUCAGGCGAAGCUCAACUUCUGCGGGACAGUUUUGUCUUCACAGUGGUGCCCAUGUUGAAUCCAGACGGUGUGAUUGUGGGAAAUCACCGCUGCUCUUUAACAGGCCAGGACUUAAACCGCAAAUACAGAUCUAACAGGAAGAAGCUUUAUCCUUCCAUCUGGCAUACUUAAAACAUGAUCAAAAG